GUCAAUCAAGUUUCAAUCAUGGUAUCAAGUGUAUACUUCUAUAUCCCUAAUAUAAUAGGCUAUGCUAGAGUAGUGUUUGCUACAUUAGCCUUCUUCUACUCAUACCACAGCUAUGCACACUUCUUUGUGUUCUACGCAGCCUCUGCUUUGCUCGAUAUGGCUGAUGGACACGCUGCAAGAUACUUUGGUCAAUGUUCACAAUUCGGAGCAUUGUUGGAUAUGGUCACUGAUCGUUGUUCGACCACUGCACUCAUUGUUGUACUCAGCCAGUUCUACCCAGAGAACCUCAACCUAUAUAUCUUCCUGAUCGUGCUUGACAUCCUGAGCCACUUUGCUCGUCUGUACAGCACUCUCAUCUGCGGUAACAAGAGCCACAAGGCCGUCAAGGACAACCACUUGGCCAUCAUGAGGAUCUACUAUGGCAACAAGUACUUCUUGGCCUUCAUGUGCUUUGGUAACGAAGGAUUCUUCCUCUUCUCUUACCUCUAUCACUUCUUCCCUCAUCCAGUGGUCCACGCCAUUCAAUGGUACAUUUGGUUCCCAAUCUGCUUCGUCAAGCAGAGCAUCAACGUCAUUCAGUUCUUCCAGGCCGUCUCUGACAUUGUUGAGUUGGACGACGCCAACAAGAGAGCCGAAGAUUUGACCAAGGGCAAGAAGAGA